AUGGCUGAUACAGCUACAAACGCUAUGUCUUCAAGUUUAUCAUCAACACCAGUAUCCGUUAUAUCUUUUUUAACAUCAAACAAAGGAAAACCAUUGUUGGUGUACAAUAAUCAUUUAUUUAGGUGUAAUAAAAUAGUUCCCUUGAAGAAGUAUUGGGUUUGUAAUACUCGUGGCUCUAAUGUAUUUGUGCACACGAGUACAAGAAAUGAAUUUUUAUCAAUUAAUGGAAACCAUAAUCAUGCUUCUGAACCUCAUGUAUUGGAUGUGAAAAAAGAGAUCAAACAAGCUUCUCUUUCUCAUGAAGCAACUGCUGCAGUUCUGUCUGUUAUUGAAUUUCGUUCGAACAUGAGUAAAACUCGUCGAAAACAGACUUCUGUUAUUCCGAAGUCUUGUGCAUUCGAGUUACCAUUACCGUAUCAACAAACCAUUGCUGGACAAAGAUUUUUAUUCAUGGAUUAUUUCGUGAAACGCGCUAAAGAACGUGUACUUCUAUUUUCGAGCGAUGAACAAUUGAAUUUACUCUUUUCCAAUGAUAUUAUCUUUAUGGAUGGUACUUUCAGUACAGCACCAAGUAAUUUUGAUCAAGUGUUUUUGAUUCAUAUUCAAAAUUUUAAUCAAGGUUUACCAGUGGUGUUUUGUUUAUUACCUAAUCGCCGAGCAGCAACUUAUGCAGAAAUGUUCGAACGUUUAAAACAAGAAGCCAUGAAAAUGAAUAAAACAUUCGACCCGGAAAAAAAUACAGUUCAUCGAAACAUACGUGCAUUAGGUUUAGCAUCUGAAUAUAAUAACGAUGAAACUGUUCGAGAACAAUGCAAAGGUUUAAUAGCUUUAUCCUUUAUGCCGGUGUCUGAAGUAGAACAGCAGUUCAACCGUAUUCGUGCAUUGGCUUUACCAGCGUUAGAAGAAUUAUUCAUUUAUUUCGAACGACAAUGGAUUAAAGGUAACAUACCAUUAGUUUUAUGGAACUCAAGUCAAUGCAGUCCUCGGACAAAUAAUAUUUCAGAGGCGUAUAAUCGUCGUUUUGGAAGUUGUAUCGCUAAAACACAUCCAAGCCUAUGGACAUAUAUAAAAUUAAUUCAGGAUGAGCAUGUGAGAUUUGAGCACAUGCAUAUCCAACUUACUACUGACAUUUCAAGUUCGAAACAAUCGAAAAAUAAAUCUGCAUUCGAACGACGAUAUGAAGUAUUAAAUAAUAGAUUUAAAAAUGGUGAAAUAAACUCAAAACAGUUACUGUCGGCUUUAACUUUAUUAUUAGCGCACAAAAAAAAUUUGAUAAACACUUUUACUGCUUUUUAA